AUGGCGCCUUCGAUGCACGUCUCUUUGCAGCCCUGUGCUGCAGAGGAGUCAGAGGUGCCCCCAUCUUGGGACCCCACAGACUUUCAGGACGAUCCAGAUGUCCCGGAGCCAGAACGGCAAACACUUUCCGCCGGCUUCGUCCACGACAUUAAAUUGGAGACUGAGUCAUGCGGCAUCUCCUCGUGGGAUACGACAGACUCUGAAAUCUCUGUGCAGACCAUCGCUAAGCGACGGCUCAGGAAGCAGCGGAACAAAGAGCGGCUGGAGCUGUUUCUGAAGGAGCACAACUUCUCUAAAGACGUGGGUGAACCCAGGCUGCCACGCAUGUCCUGCACCGGGUUCGGCAAAGAAGUGUUAUAUCCAAUCCAUGUCGCUGCAAGACUCGGGGAUGCUGAGAUGCUGCGCCUGCUGGUAAAGGCAGGUGCUGAUCUACAGCAGCGGACAUCCAAGGGAAGGACGGCGACCCACUUCGCCCUCGAGCACGACGAUUCUGGCUCACACCGGGAUGUUCUUGAUCUACUCAGAGGUAAGAUUCAGACCAUGGCUCUCCGAGAGUUCGUGUCGUUAAUGAAUCAUUCAUGA